AUCUCUGGCUAGGUGAACUGCUCGCGAGCCCAAUGUUGGCGACUUGAGCAGCAACAACAAAAAAAAGAGACAAAAUUUGCUUUCAUUCCGGCAAAUAAACAAUUCAACCUUGGAAACGCAUAUCUAAGUUGUGUCUGGAGAGCAGAUCAGCUUCUGCUUUGCAGACAUAUGAUUGGAUGAAGAACUGACCUUUGGACCUCCCCAGAUCCAAUCCUCUCCCCCCCCCCCCCCCCGGGAUCAGCUGUGCACUGACUGACUAGAUCCCUUUACCAGCUUUGCUCUGAUUGGCUACUUGGGGCCUCGUGAACCGAUUCGCGUCGUGUUGCUGAACGGAAAGGAGCUGGUGAAGAUGGAGCCCGUCUAUGCCACAGGAAUGGCUGCCAAACUGAGGAACCAAUGGGAUCGUAAUGAGGGUUUGGGUCAGAACGACAAAGCUGUCAAGUUCCUGGGACAGGACUUCGGGUCCCUGAGAUCGCGAUGCCUCCAGAGCCGCGCCCUGUUCGAGGACCCUCUCUUUGCCGCUCAGGCGUCUGCAUUGGGGUUUAACGAGCUGGGGCCGCGGUCUGCUAAGACCCAGGGCAUCCGCUGGAUGAGGCCAACGGAGCUCUGCUCCAACCCGGAGUUCAUCCUAGAUGGGGCCACUCGCACCGACAUUUGUCAGGGCGCUUUGGGUGACUGUUGGCUGCUAGCGGCCAUCGCAUCUCUGACUCUGAAUGACAAUCUUCUCCACCGCGUGGUGCCACACGGCCAGAGCUUCACUGGGGGCUAUGCCGGAAUCUUCCAUUUCCAGUUCUGGCAGUUUGGAGAAUGGGUGGACGUGGUGAUUGACGACCGGCUGCCAGUGAAAGAUGGAAAACUGGUGUUCGUGCACUCGGCGGAGGGGAGAGAGUUUUGGAGCGCCCUGCUGGAGAAGGCUUACGCCAAGCUGAACGGUUGUUAUGAGGCGCUGUCGGGCGGCAGCACGUCUGAGGGGUUCGAGGAUUUUACUGGGGGGGUGACGGAGAUGUACGAACUGCUCAAACCCCCCCGUGACCUCUUCAGCAUCAUAGGGAGAGCCAUCGAAAGAGGCUCACUGCUGGGCUGCUCCAUAGACAUAACCAGCAGUCGUGACAUGGAGGCGGUAACCUUUAAGAAACUGGUCAAAGGCCACGCCUACUCAGUGACAGGUUCGGAAGAGGUUGUGUACAGAGGGAACCUCACACAGCUGGUGCGGAUCAGAAACCCGUGGGGUGAAGUGGAGUGGACAGGGGCAUGGAGUGAUAACUCGAGGGAAUGGGAUAGUGUGGACCGCUCUGUCAGAGCCAAACUUCAGAAUCGCAGCGAGGAUGGGGAGUUCUGGAUGUCGUUCAGUGAUUUCCUGCGGGAGUUCACCAGGUUGGAGAUCUGUAAUUUGACUCCAGACGCCUUACAGAACAACCAGCUGAAGAGGUGGAGCACAGCCCUGUAUCAGGGAGAGUGGAGGAGAGGCAGCACCGCGGGCGGCUGCAGAAACUACCCAACAACCUUCUGGAUCAACCCUCAGUUUAAAAUUGCGCUGACGAACCCAGACUCGGCCGGCCGAUCAGACUGCACCUUCCUCGUGGCUCUGAUGCAGAAAGACAGGCGACGGAAAAGGAAAGAGGGAAAAGACAUGGAGACCAUCGGGUUUGCCAUCUACGAGGUGCCCAGAGAGUAUGUGGGAAGGUCCGGAAUUCACCUGAAGAGGGAUUUCUUCCUCACUCAUGCGUCCAGCGCUCGCUCCGAGCUCUUCAUCAACCUGCGGGAGGUGAGCACGCGUUUCAGCCUGCCCGCCGGGGAGUACAUCGUCAUCCCCUCCACCUUCGAACCCAACCGAGAGGCCGACUUCGUCCUGAGGGUCUUCUCCGAAAAGCCAGCCAACUCAGAGGAGCUGGAUGAUAAAGUGACAGCAGAUAUCCCGGCAGAGCCCCAGGUUGAUGAGAGUCAGAUUGACGCUGCAUUUAAGAAUCUGUUCAGACAGCUGGCUGGAUCGGACAUGGAGAUCAGCACCAAUGAACUGCAGACUAUACUGAACAGGGUCAUCAGCAAACACAAGGAUCUGAAGACAGACGGCUUUGGGAAGGAGGCCUGUCGCAGUAUGAUCAACCUUAUGGAUAAAGACGGCAACGGAAAACUAGGACUCACUGAGUUCCACGUACUCUGGGAGAAGAUUAAACAUUACCUGACGAUAUUCAGGCAGUUUGAUCUGGACAAAUCCGGGACCAUGAGUUCCUACGAGAUGCGUAUGGCUCUUGAAGCAGCAGGUUUCAAGCUGACAAAUCAUUUGUUCCAGCUGAUUAUUCUUCGAUACACAGAAGAAGAUUUCUCUGUCGAUUUCGACAACUUUGUCAACUGCCUCGUCCGACUGGAGACCAUGUUCAAGACCUUUAAGACGUUGGACACGGAUGCCGACGGAGUGAUAUCGCUAAACUUCUUCCAGUGGAUCUCCUUGACUAUGUUUGCCUAGAGGGCCUCCCAGAAGCCAGCCUGCCUCUAUACACUGCAUCCAGUCUUUGCCUGACCCCCC